AUGGUACAUUUUAAGAUAAUCGGCGGAGAGAUAGAACCUACGAUAGUAAUGUCAACAUCAGAACUUGUUUUUGAUCUUAAAAGCAAAAUCGAAGACGAGUUGGAGGUGGAAGUACACAGGCAAAAUCUCUGGUACAAGGGUAUAGAGAUGGAAAAUGAGACAAGGAUAGGAUUCUAUGCCUUGCGUGGUGAUGAAAGAGAAACUUUUAUUGUUACUCUCGUUGUCAAUUCGCUACCACCGGACCUGAAACUACACGUUCUUGUGAAGUUUCUUGGACGUGGAAGCGAAGGCUAUGUGAGGGUGAGGGAGACUGAUAAGGUGAGUGACCUGCGCAGCAAAGUUUCAAGAUAUUGGGGCAUUCCUGUUGAUAGUUUCAUCCUUCGGCGUCUCAAUGUUGAAAUGGUGAAUGAUCGUCCUCUUCAUGCAUAUUAUGUCAACGAGGCUUCUGAAAUUCAUCUUUCUGUUAACAUUCAACCUCGAUGA